ACGGUGAGCGGCCUCGGGGAGCGUGAUGCCUGGAGUAACCGUAAAAGACGUGAACCAGCAGGAAUUUGUGAGGGCCCUUGCAGCCUUCCUCAAAAAGUCAGGUAAACUGAAAGUACCUGAAUGGGUGGACACAGUCAAGCUAGCCAAGCACAAGGAACUAGCUCCAUAUGAUGAGAACUGGUUCUACACCAGAGCUGCAUCCACAGCUCGCCAUCUGUAUCUCCGUGGUGGUGCUGGAGUUGGCUCCAUGACCAAGAUCUACGGGGGCCGCCAGCGCAAUGGCGUAAUGCCCAGCCACUUCAGCAGAGGCUCCAAGAGCGUUGCAAGGAGGGUGCUGCAGGCUUUAGAAGGGCUCAAAAUGGUGGAGAAAGACCAAGAUGGAGGUCGCAAACUUACUCCUCAGGGGCAACGAGAUCUGGACAGGAUUGCAGGACAGGUGGCAGCUGCAAACAAGAAACAUUAAAGUGAAUUGCAGUUCAGAAAUAAAGUCCUUUAUUUACUGAUGUUGCGUGUGUUUUUCUGAAGGCUUCACUUCUCCCACCUUACUUCCUGCGCACCCUCCGGUCUUUUUUGUAGUAUCUGAAUCUUGACCACAUAAACUGCCUACCAUUUCAUAACAUAAACCACCAUUUCAAACCUUUCUUCGAAACAAUGAGGACUAAAAUCUUCAGGACGAAAACGUCAUGCCAGCUGCAAAUAUCCCCGCUUACAUGGGCAGCUGCAGCUAUAUGUAAAAAAUUUAUAUGCAAGUGUGGAUAUAAUUACUGCCUUUAAAAAAACCACUGCCUCCCUGAGAAAUACUCUGUGCUCAAGCACAGUUCAUUCAGAUUAGGGAUGCAGUCUUUAAUUGCUAGAUUAAUAAACUAAAGCUCUUGCUGUUGUGGGUCAAUUUUAAUUGGAGAGAGCAAACUUUAAUUUGUUAGAGCUGCUAGUAAGGGCACACUCUUCUUUUAUUUUUUUUUAGCUAUUUUGGUUCCAAGGUGGAAAAAAUAUUAAAAGAUGGCCUUUCUGAAAGUUCUUAUACAUAUCCUUCAAUAGUGAGGUUUUGGUGAUUUGAAAAUAAAAAUUUAAUUGGUUAGAAA